AUGAUGGCCUUGAAGAGGCUGAUGACCUGCGACGAAGUUUGCGCCGCCGCGCUCCAGGUGCCGCGCUUUCUGGAUGCGCUUUGCGUCGCCGGCGCACGCUGCGGCGCGUGCGACAGCCUCACCCCGCUCCACCAGCUGGUCUGGUGCGGCGGCCCGCGCGUCGCCGCGCGCGCCGCGUGCGAGCCUGGGCUGGUCCACGCGGCGGCGCGGGUCGCGGGCGGCGGCGUGAGCCCCAAGGCCAGCGCGGCGUUGGGGUUCCCGACGACUUUGCUGCGGGAGCUGAGCCGCGCAGAGGCCGGCCCGACGGGGCCCGCGGAGAGUGGAGAGUCCGAGGUUGCUCGCGAGAACGUGGCGGCAGCGACGCCGGCCAUCGCAGACGCAGCGGCGCGCGGCGUGGCGCAGUUGAAGUCAUCAACAGCCGCCAAGUCGGCCGUCAUCCUGCUGCACAACCUCUUGCGUGCGGACGGCACGCGGCCCGCCGCGGUGCGCGCGGUGCUUGCUGCGCGCGCGGUGCCCGCGCUGCUGCGGCUUACGAAGCAGCCGUGUACAUUGGGGUUUGCUGCGGGCUGCAUACUAUCCCUCAGCCGCGUCGAGCCAGGCCGUGCCGAGCUGUUGAAGGCACGCCCCGCCGCCUUUGCCGCCCUCGCGGCCGCGCUGCGACGCACGGGCGGCCCCGGCGCCUGCACCCCGCCGGGCGCAGCCGCCUGCGUGGUGCGGGCGGUGGCCGAGCUCAUUCGCGGGGACAAGGCAGCCGCCGCAGCGUUUCUGGAAAUCACCCUCCCGGGCGGCGUCCUGCCUGCGCUCGCGCGCCAUGUAUACACCGCUGACAGCGGCAUGUGCCACGGGGCCGCGGCGGUCGCCGCCGCCUUGGCAGAGGCCGCGGAGGCCGCCGGGCCGAGGAUGCUCGCGGACGUCGCCGCCACACCCGGCCUGCUGGCGGCAGCUGCGACGGUUGUGGCGCUCGCGUUUUCAACACUGGGGAGGCCCGCCGUCGUGGUGCGUCUCCAGACGCAAAGCUACAUGUCGGAGUCAGAGCUGGACGAGGUGCGCUUGUCGACUGUAGGCGAUUUGGUGGAGUGCCUCGACCGCCUGACUGCGCCCGGCGCGGCAGCUGCAGAGCAGCUGCUGGGGGUGGAGGGCCUGGAGCCCGUGCUCGCGGCCCUGGCGACGGGGCCUGCAGGGUUGAAGAGAGUGGACCCGGCCGCGGGGGCACGCGUGCUGUGGCGGCUGCGCGGCGCAGCGGCGCAGACGGCGGCGGCGGCGGCGGCGGCGGCGGCGGCGGAGGCGGGCGGGGAGGCGCGGGGCAAGGCGGCCGUCACCGCGGCGUGCGCGGUGUGCGGCAGGACGCAGGCGGAGGAGGGCGUGAGGCUGCGCCUUUGCCGUGGGUGCAGGGCUGUCAGGUACUGUAGCACAGCUUGCGCCAAAAAGGACUGGUCUGAGGGGACGCACAAGCAGGCAUGCAAGCUGGUCAAGGGGGGCUGA